AUGUCUGCCUACGGCACCUUUCUCAAUAGCAAGGCUAUGCUCACUGAGUCUAUCCUGGCCAUCCUGUCUAUCCUGUUCAUAAUUCUCUCCACUAUCGCCUUGUCCCUCAACACCCUACCAGAGCUCCAGGUGCUAGAUGAGUUCGGCCAGGCCAACGACAACCCCCAGCUGGCCCAUGUAGAAGCCAUCUGCAUCGCCUGGUUUACCAUGGAGUACCUCCUACGCUUCCUCUCCUCACCCAACAAAUGGAAGUUCUUCAAAGGUCCCCUGAACGUCAUUGACCUGCUGGCCAUCCUCCCUUAUUAUGUCACCAUCUUCCUGACGGAAUCCAACAAGAGUGUUCUACAGUUCCAGAACGUUCGGCGCGUGGUGCAGAUAUUCCGGAUCAUGAGAAUAUUGAGGAUUCUGAAGCUGGCCAGGCAUUCCACAGGGCUGCAGUCUCUAGGCUUCACCCUGAGGCGGAGUUACAACGAGCUGGGCCUGCUCAUCCUCUUCCUGGCCAUGGGCAUUAUGAUCUUCUCCAGCCUCGUCUUCUUCGCCGAGAAGGACGAAGACGCCACCAAGUUCACCAGCAUCCCUGCCUCCUUCUGGUGGGCCACUAUCACUAUGACUACGGUGGGUUACGGUGACAUCUACCCUCAGACUCUGUUGGGUAAGAUAGUCGGGGGUCUCUGCUGUAUCGCCGGGGUGUUGGUCAUCGCUCUGCCUAUCCCCAUUAUAGUCAACAACUUCUCUGAGUUCUACAAGGAGCAGAAGAGGCAGGAGAAGGCCAUAAAGAGGCGGGAGGCCCUGGAGAGGGCCAAGAGGAACGGUAGUAUCAUCUCCAUGAACUUGAAGGAUGCGUUCGCCCGGAGUAUGGAGCUGAUGGAUGUAGUCGUGGAGAAAGGAGGAGAGGACAACCAGCUGUCUCCCAGCUGGGCCGGCACGCACAAAUACACUGCCUCCGACAUUAGCCUGAGGUCGUUGGAUAAGAAGUACCCCGAGUCCGUCCUCCUGGGGUCCACCCACUGCAUCACCAUCACCACCAGCGGUAGCCCCGAGCGGAGGCCCCUCAGUAGCUUUCAGUAUAAAGGCCGUAUCCCAGAAUUCAGAGGCAGUACCUCUCAGCUUCUUAACGCUCAGAACCUAGAGAUCAUGUUCAACCAGCUGACCAGGUCUCAGUCCUUUACCAACCUCAACACUUCCUGCUCUGUGAGCACUAUGAGCACCUCCGCCACCACGGCAACCUCUGUAUCUUCACGGCAACAGCACCCAGGGUCCCCGCCCUCCCCGGCCCGGCCCCCACAGGAAGUGGAGCUGGAGAGGCAGGAAGUCCCACCCUGUUCCUCGACAGAGCCCCUACUGAAGGAAAGCGAAGCAGUACGCAGCCUGUGGAGCAUGGACAGCUUCGCCAGCUGCAGGGCUGAGUUCGGGGAGGGCUCUGGAUACGGAAGAAAGUUCCCUCCGUCUCUCGACCUCCUCCCAGAAUCGAGGGUCAACGAUGUCCAAAGCCUCCAGGACGCCGCCUCCCUCAAAAACAGCAUGUAUGAGUAUGUCCCCUACAACCAAGAUGGCUGCACACAGUUCCCAAGAGACGACAUGGAGAACAUCCGUAGCACCCUGAGAGACGGCAUCAACCCUGUCGUCAAGGGGACCAAAGAGCUAAAGGAGAACUUCAUCAAGGGCCCAUCCACCGAGCACCCCCCGACACCACCCAGCACCACCUCACCCCAUGACAUCAGCUUCAGCUUCCUGGAGAAUGAAUCCCCAGAGAGGGAGACCUCGCUGCUCUUCCCCAGCACAAAGGCCGUCAUCCUGGGCACAGAAGACGAGACCAGCCCCCUGUCCCGCGACAGGCUGGUGGUGGACACCCCGCCAGGGGAUGAGGAAGGUCAAGGUUCGUCCAACGAGGAGAAGAAUCAGAUGGAAGCGGCGGGAACGGCAGGGGGUGCACCGGCUGGGAACUGCACCCAGGAUGUGGUGGUGGUGGUGGGAGGAGGGGCAGGUGGGGAGGGCAAGGUCGACAGCAACCAAAGUGGACAUGACAAAGCAGAGAACCACAUGUUUACACCAGAGAUUAACCUGAUGCCCGGGGACGGCAGUAUGUCCCCGACCUGCGAAACCAGCAUGUAA